CAAGUAUUGUAAAUGCGUAUUACGUUUGUUCAAUACCUAUUUAAUUUUUGUGCGCCGCCUACAAAAGGAAUACCACUUAGAACCAGCUGGCAGUCAAGGUGUUUGGUCACUGGAUGAUUUUCAAUUUGUGCCAUUCAUUUGGGGCAGCGCUCAAUUAGCAUUCAAUAGCCCAUUUGAACCGGUGCGCUUCUUAGACGAUGAUAUUAUCAACGAGUACAAAGACGAAUAUUUGUUUAUUGGUUGUAUCGAUUAUAUCAACCAAGUAAAAACGGGACAUUUUGCAGAGCACUCAAAUCAGUUGUGGAGUAUUUCGGCAGUACCAACAUGGUCGAAAAUAAACAGCGGAUUGAUUAAGAUGUACCAGAAGGAGAUAUUGUCUAAAUAUCCCAUAAUGCAGCAUGCACUAUUUGGUAAAUUGCUCCGUUUUGAACCUGUAAAACCCGGUACGACUUUGCCUGUAGCACGUUUAGGUUUUAUACACCCUGCUUCUACGAAAUCGUCAAUGAAUUCAAUAAGUUCGAGCAAACUGGCUUCGCCAACGUUGCAAUGUUCGGAAAAGGAUGAUGAAAGUGUGUCCAAAUCCACAACAGUAUCAGAGACCACAAUAAAAACCAAGGACAUAGAUCUAACUGAAAAAUUGGGUUAAAUCGAAACUUACAGCUUGUUGCUAAAAGAGGAAGUAAAAGUAUUUUAUCUAAUAUAUAAUGCUACUAAAUAUGCAUUUUAUUGACAAUUGUAAAUAGUAUCUUUUUAUGUAAGCUGAGCUGCAUUAAAUUGAGCGUUUUACUUGCUUGCAA